AUGACAGCCGGAGUAAGGCUGCAGGAUGGAGGUCCAUCGGCAGCUUCGACGAUGCCGGUCCCACCCCCCACGGUGGCAGCCAUCGCGUUGUCGAUCAGAUCUCGUGCUAUCCAGGACAGCCGAUGUUACCUGAUGAACGGCGGGGCGGUUGAGAGUUUCUUCAUCAGCGAGGAUACUUCAGUAGGCAGUAUUAUAGGAACACUUAGCGUAAACGGUGACCCAAGCGAAGACCAUGGUGACAUCACGCUGCGGCUGCAGGAACGUGGUGCGGCGGUGGGAAUUGCACCCGGCUCCAAGAACAUUACCCUAUUACGGGCGCUUGAUAGAGAGGAGAAGAAGGGCCCGUCCAAUGUGUACGUUAACGUACGCUGCGAUAGAAGACAUACUACUGAUCCGAGCUUCGUGAUCCCAGUAUCAGUACGUGUGUGGGACGUGAAUGACAAUGCGCCGGUAUGGGCUGGCGGACCGUACCGCGCGCGCAUCUCCGAGCUGGCGGCGGUGGGCACGCGCGUGGCUCCAGAGUUGCGCGCGCACGACGCCGACCAGCCCGGGCCGCACGCCACCAUACACUACGCUGUACUGCCAGGACCGAAUAGCGAAUACCUGGGCUUUGUGAACGAACUGGACAGCGCACUUGUAGUAAAGAAGCCACUGGACUAUGAGACACUGCGGAACUUCACAGUGGUGCUGCGCGCGCAGGACCAAGGUUCCCCUGCCCUGCACAGCGACACCACGCUCUCAGUGCUGGUGCUGGACGCUGAUGACCAGAACCCUCGGUUCUCGCACGACCACUACUCCGCCGUGCUGCCAACAGACGCUAAGGAGGGUACGAUACUGGUGACCUCUCCUGGGCCAAUAUCAGCGGCAGACCAGGACCUCGGUAUCAACGCGCCGCUGCACUACAGCACUACGGGCGAUAACAAGCUACUAGUGACUAUCGACCGCGACUCUGGCCAGAUCACUGCCACCAAAGAACUCCUAGAACAGCUGCAGCCCGUCACCAUUGUACUUAAGGCAACACAAGUAGACAACGCGGAUCGGUAUGCCCUCGCCACACUAGGCGUGACACUCGCGUCUCCCGCCAGCACCACUGCCGCUGCAUCAGCUAGUACGGAGAGCAGCACGCCCGUGCGCUUCAAGCGUCGGCAGUAUAGCGCAGCACUCAGCGAGGCCACCGCGCCUGGCACCGCACUGCUAGCUCUUGAUACUGACCCACCUGCAGUAUCGCAUGCGAGGAACCCACUGCAGUUCUACGUAUCGGACCGCAGUUUCCUGGACAAGUUCGCUAUCAACAACGCCGGUGAGGUGAUACUCCGGAGGCCGCUGGACUACGAGACCACCAGCGCCUACCACUAUCAGGUCAUGGUGACCGACUCGCUCACUAACGACACAGCAUCAAUCAAUAUAACAGUAUUGAACGAGAACGAGUGGGAGCCUCGCUUCAGGUUUCCACAGUACGAGUUUCGAGCUGAAGGUAGUCGGGGAGAUGGCCUGCUGAAGCUCGGAAGACUUGAAGCGCAUGAUGGUGAUGCUGGAGAUAGUGUGCAACUAGCACUUCAUGGACCUGCUGCCAGUAUGUUCUACGUGAACUCUGAUGGCGACAUGUUCCUACGGGAAGAGGUGCUGCCUUCGCUGAACUCGUCAGUGCUGCACGUAGUCGCCACUGCCUACGACUCCGGCUCACCACCCAAACAGACGUCGGUGCCGGUGAUUGUGCACGUGGGCGAGGAGCUGAUUGGUGCGGCGGGGGGUGCGGGGGCGAGCGCGGGCGUGUCCGCCGCGGCGGGGGGCGCGGGGGCUCUGGCGCUGCUCGCACUACUGGCCGCUGCACUCUGUCUCUACCUUAAGCGAGCUAAGCCCGCCUCAGUAUCCCACACGAAGACGACAGUGUACGCGCAUGAGAAGCCGCGUUCACCAGCGUCUACAACACUCUCACCGGUGCGGUCCACGACGCGAGCGGUAGCCCCCGCGCCCCCCGCGGUCCCUGCAGCCCCCGCUCCCACUCCAGCCGUCGCUGCCCCCAGUGCCGCCAGCUCGGGGUCUUUGCUGAGUGUGAGUGCGGGAGCUAGCACUAUCCUCGCUAACUCUAGCAGUAGCCUCGACCUGCGGCAGGAAGCGUUGACUACUAGCAAUACUAAUGAUGGCGUCGGUAUCGGUGGUGGUGGUGCUGGCGCGGGUGGUGGCGCGGUCGGUGGUGCUGGCGCGGCGCUGAUGAGCGACCACCUGCAGGCGGGCGGCGCGGGCCGUUCGGGCGUGGCGUGGCCCUCGCGCACCAUCCCCGCACGACUCAAGAAACUCAGCUGGGACGAUCAGGGCAGCGGGAGCGAAAACCCGGUACACGACGCGACCAACCCAACGGUCGCCGAGCACAUGAACCUCACCGUCUACUUCUGACCGAAAAUAUGUCAGUCGACAUAAUAUCUGACCCAAAGCGUGAAGUCAAAGAUGUUUACCCUGUAGUUAAAGCCAACAUGUUGCCAAAAACAAAUAGCCCAGCACUUGUAAAUAAUAUAUUCCCAAAAAUUAAUGCAGCUUCAAAUAAUAUUAAAUUUGAAACACUUGGAAAGACAAGAUAUGCUGUGCCUAAUAAAGCAGAUAGUUCGAAAUCAUCAGUUAAAAAAGUUUUACAAGCAAUUCAAGAUACAGAAAUAGAACAUCUUAAUCGUAAUGCACCAGAAAUAUCCCAAAAUCCAGCGCUAAAGAAAUAUUCACGUACGCAUGACUCUUUCAUAAAUGGUGAUUCAAAUUGUGUUGUUAAUAAGUUGUAUGGCCUACCUAUUCUUCAUUCUACUAUGGACUCAUCAAAUGUUCCAUCAUCUUCAAGGCUUCCAAACCAAAGAUCAUCCAUUGCGUUAAACAGCUCCAUACCAUUAGAUCAAAGUGAUAUAACUAGGUCUUCAAAUCCAAUAGCUUCAUCAUCCUUUUUUAACAAAUCAACAUCGAAAAUUAGAUCGACUAAAACUCCGUUAAUACCAAAUUCAUUAUAUCCAACGAUAUCUGACCAAACAAUUUUCCUUUCAAAUGUUACCCCAGUAACUCUAAUAUCUACCGAAUUUACAUCGAAAACGUCAGUAUCAGAAGGACCUUCCCAGCCUUUACAUACAUUUAUACCAUCUUCAAUCCCUGACGCACAAGCUUCAUGGUCUUUGAGUUAUGUAGGACCUCCGUCGUAUGCUACAAUAGACCCUAGAAAGUUGCAGAAAAUCUAUGUUACGCCAGCCGUGUUUGCCAGAGGAACUGAUCUUAGAACGAAAUUGUGAGAUGCGAAUUGUUUGCAAAAUAAUGAAUGUUUAAUAAUUUAUUAACGUUACAAAAAUGUACGUAAUGCUAACUUGUACGAAUGGAAAACUGAAAUUUAUUUAUGUAUACGCAAGACAGUGCGCAUUACCACUUAGUCAAUGUUUUGCUAUUUUAAUUCGACUAGGCGCUUCAUUGUAUAUUUUGGUAAACAUACAAAUACAAUUAAAUUCAUUAUUAUGUAAAGAUGCAUGAGUAUUCUAACACAGACGAGAAAUAUUGUAAUCCUAUAAAUGUAACAACUUGUUUGGAAACCUAAAAUAUUUAAUAAUGCAAAGAAGGGAUGUGUAUUCUGAUGGUUAUUUAAUGCCGGGUCCACAUUACAUUAUCUACUAGUCUUUUUUAUGUCCGAUCACAAUAUUAUUGUAUUAUUUGUCCUAUCGCGCUCUUCAGUAUUUUGUUAUAAUUCAAGCCAAGCUAUUUUGUGCUAUUACCACUAAAGUUUAUAUUAUUGCUAUUGCAUAUAAGAUAAUAACUUGAGAAACUGUCCUUUCACCCUAAUUAAGUACUUAUA